AUGCUGCGCUCGCUGCAGUUGUCGCUGCGGCGUUCAGAGAGCGUGCGCGCGCUGCCUGUCGCUUGGAUGCGUCAUCGUCGCAUGUUGCCUUGUCCAGCUCCGAUCGCGGUGACGCAGUCGCUUUCGCUCCGAUGGCUUGCAACGACAGUCCCUAAUGGACAAGACUUUGAUACUGAACAAGCUCCUGAGAUGAAGAGGAAGGAGGAGGAGAAGAGGAUGAAGAUGGAUACAAAAUGCAGUGGUGAUGAUGGCGCAAGUGGACAAGAGGACGGGGACAAUCAGGAGGAGGAGCCGUUUCGGACAAUGGCUGUUGAACCCACGUACCCUAUGCGGAAGCUCCGUACGGACGUGAAUCAGGCCUAUUUUCCAGGUAAAGUGUACCGUUCGACGUCUCGAGAUGUGGUGCUUCGAGCCAUGGUCGGCAACACACUCAUUACGACGCUCAAAGUGCUGGCGUGGCUCAAGACGGGCUCGAAUGCCAUGCUCUCGGAAGCAAUUCACUCGCUCGUGGACACUGGCAACCAGGCGAUUCUGAUCUUGGGCUUGAAGCAAGCAUCGGGUGUGCCGGAUAAAAAGCAUCAAUAUGGAUACGGACGUGCUGCGUACUUUUGGUCGCUCAUUUCUGCACUAGGCAUCUUUUGGUUAGGUUCUGGUGUGACUGUUGUUCACGGUAUCCAGUCGCUCUUGGAUCCUCCGAAAGAGCUUUUUCUUUCGUGGGAAGUGUGGGGGGUGCUAGCAGCUUCUUUUGGCAUUGACGGAUGGGUGCUUAAGCGGUCAGUACAGGAACUGAGGGCUUCUCAGCCUCAAGACAUGUCGUUUUACAAGCAUGUGACACGGACAAAGGAUCCGUUUAUGAUGGCUGUCCUGCUUGAGGAUUUAUCAGCUUGUGUAGGUGUUGUUAUGGCUGGAUGCGGCAUUGGGGCCAGCCACAUUACGGGCAACCCGCUGUGGGAUAGCCUUGCAAGUGUUUCCAUUGGUGUGCUGCUUGGUGGUGUUGCAGUAUCACUCAUUCGUUUGAACCAAAAGUAUUUAUUGGGCCAGUCAGUGGAGCCGGAAAUUGAAAAAGGUAUCCGCGAGUUGCUGUUGGCGCGUCCGUCUAUUGAUAACGUCUAUGCUGUCCAGUCACAGUGGGUCGGACCAUCGACAUUUAGUUACAAGGCUGAAGUUGACUUCGAUGGGACGUUCUUGGCGGCGAAACUGCUGCGAAUGUACAGGCCGGUGUUUUUAGAGACAAAAGAUUUAGAAAAUGAUCUACCUCUCAUUCUCGCUUGGUAUGCGGAGGAUGUGACCCGUCUUGUUGAGAAAGAGGUGCAAGAGGCCGAAGAGGUAAUUCGCGGCAUCUACCCCGAGGCCGCAUUCAUUGAGCUGGAACCUGAUAGUAAGGAGUCAGAGAUGCAAGCCGUGUUAAGCAUGCAGACAAAGUCUUCCCGUACGAGCGAGCGUGAAGCCAUGACGCGAGCGUUGGCACUGCUUGCACGGACAUUAGAGCGGAAGACAACAGGCGCUGAUCGUCCAGGUACUACAGGCACGAGUCAAUAG